UGGUCCGUCCGCACAGCCUGCAGGUAUCCGCGAUGUUCCUCCACGAAGCCGUGUGGUGUUGCGCGCGUGUUACGAGAACAAUCUGACGUUGCACCCACUCGUCGACUUCGUCCAGCAAACGAUAUCGUCUCUCGUGUAUAACGUUAUCAUUGCGUCGGUCGAAUUAAAAUAAUAUAUAAAUAUCGUAUGCAUUUACUCUAUCGUGCACGUCUCGUUGGCAGAUCGAAUAACUACGUGGCAUGUACAUUUCAUGCACGAAAGACGAAAUGAUCGAAGCGGACGGACGACCUCGUGGAGAAAUCAUACGAGAUUAACGUCAUCAUUAGUCCGUGCACACCAGUAGUUAAAGUGUCCACGACGAUUACGGUGCCGAAAUAAACGCGGCGUCAUGAUGAUUUUUGCGACGGCCGCGACGGCGGUGCUCUUGACGUGUUUCGCGUUGGAAAUCGACUGGCCGCUGCUGGGAUCGGUGGCCGCGUCCGGCGGCGGAGGUGGCCGAGGAGGUCAUGAAACGUACGCGGACGAACCGCGGGAUUACGAUUCCGACCGCGGCGACGGCGAAGACGAUUACAAAGACGGUGACGACGUCGACGGCGGGAACGGGGGCCUCCAACAACAAGAACACGAAGACCAACUGGACCAGGACGAUCCAGUGAGCACGGUGAAAGUAACUGCAGUUCGUGGUUCAAUAGCUUUGCUACCAUGUGACAUUGGCGGUGGUGACAACGAGGGCUUACCGAAGCAAUCACAAAAAUCCGUGACGACCGGCAGCGGCGGAGAAGGUGGCAAAUCGAAAGACUUGACCAAUACGGUAGAGGAUCGAGCCUACAUGGUGUUGUGGUUCAAGCACCAUCAGCAACAUUCAACGAUCCGUCAUCGGAACAGCAAAUCGAAGAACAAGAAAAUGUCGUCGGGCGGAAAGCCGUUGUACAGUUUCGACGUGCGCGGGAGACCGCUGGCCCACGCGCUCAAAUGGUCUUCGGACGAGGACUACGGAGGGUUCGGGCCUAGGGCUACGUUCGUGGUGCUCGGCAACAGUGACGGUCGGGGAAGAUGGUCCAAGCAGCAUCACCAUCCUUCCCCGGAAGAGUACGCGAGCGGCGAUCCGUACGACAACAGCAGCCGGGCUGCUCUCAAGGUGACGAACGUAACCGAACAGGAUGCCGGCGCGUACAGGUGCCGCGUGGACUUCCGCGACUCGCCCACCAAGAACUAUCGGAUAAUACUGCGGGUCAUAGUUCCGCCCGACAAGAUGACGAUCGCGUACAACGGUGGGACGGAAAUCGAAGGUGGAACGCACCACGUGGUCGGUCCGGUCCCGGAAGGCAGCCAAUUGGUGUUGGUGUGCAAAGUUCAAGGAGGAAAACCAAAGCCACGUGUGCAAUGGUAUUCAGCGAAUGGAAAAAUCACUUCAUCACUUAGUAUGAGGGUAAUGGAUCUUACGGAGGAAGGAUCUUAUAGUGGCAACAGUAACGAUGAAGAGACAACAACAAAAAGACUCGUAAUUAAUCAAUUGAGUCGGAGUCACGCUAACAGUACAUACACGUGUCUUGCGGGAAACGACGACAACACUAUGGAAUUCAACCUCCGCAUGACAGUCGUGAUAAAUAUGUACCUGAAUGUGCAAAGUGUACGAAUAGUCGACAUCCGUCAAAUAGACGAAUCGGAAAACACCGUCAACUACAACGAGGAGAGCAAUAAUAGCGGAGGAGUACAAGGAACGAAUCUUAUAUCUGGCAAGUGGUACACAGGCGAGUGUUUGGCCGACGGUGCCAGUCCCAGAGCUACGAUUGAAUGGUCCAUUGACGGUAAUGGUACUUUGGCUGACGAAAUACCUUCAUCGCCGAUGACGACUCGUAUAACAGUAAUAGAGAAAACCGAACAUAGCAGUAGGAUACGAUUUAGACCUAUCCCGGGUGACGACGGUCGAUAUUUACGAUGCCGAGCUUGGAAUCCUGAUAUUAACACAACGAAGGAUGAUAUUAAAAACAAAGCCUUACUACUGUAUGUCCAAUACCCACCUAUAGUGAAAUUGAGUUUGGGUCACACUUUUGAUCCCAGUAGAAUUAAAACAGGAGAUGACGUGUAUUUCGAAUGCAAGGUACUAAAUGGUGGCGGAGAAAAAGGUAAACAACGAAAUCGUAUUGAAUGGUAUCACAAUGGUCAUCCAAUCUUACAAAAUGGUAGCAGCAACAGUAGUAUUAGUAUAAACUCUGACAUCAAAGUCGUUCUUUUAAGUGCUGGCACUUUGGUCAUAAGAAACGUAGGUCGGCGCCAUUCUGGCCGGUACACUUGCCAGUGCAGUAACGACUUGGGAAUGGGUCGUUCGAGACCUGUCACUCUUCGCGUUCAAUUCGCUCCCGUUUGCGCCGAUGACGGAAAUCAACGGCAACUAGUGGGCGUGGAAAAGAACGAGAAGAACGUGCGCAUCGUAUGCCGGGUGAAAGCCGACCCCGCCGACGAACGCGUUCAGUUCGAAUGGCUCGUGUGGCCAGGGGUGGCCGAGGCAACCGAACUACACCAACAGCAGUCACCGAGUGUGGUGGCCACCGGCAACUACGUCACUACCGCGAUGUCCGGCUCGCCCAACGACACGGCCACCGGGCUAGUGAUCGGCGUACUGGAGCUGCCGGCCAUGACCGUGGGCGUCGCGGAUGUAGUCCAGUACGUGGACAGAGCGGCGAACGUCAGAAAGCCCAUCGUGCUCGAUACGGUCAGUUGCCGGGCCACGAACGCAGUCGGCCGACAACAGAAUCCGUGUCUGUAUCACAUAGUGCCGGCCUCUUCACCGGGUGCAUUGACAAGCUGCACAAUUCGAUUGCCCAAAGAUCAGGAACGACGUUUUGGCUACGGUAACAGACAUUAUCACCGACGCACGCCAUCCACCACUAAUAACGCAGAAGACAUGGACAUAGCUACAGUGACCUGUGAUUUCGACAACGACGGGGGAGUGAGGCCGGUGAUUUACUCGCUGGAGAUCUAUGAGAGUAAUGUUUUGACAACAACGUUUCACGGAUCGACGGAAGAAACAGCCGACAACUAUCGUAAUAAAUAUCGUAGCGAAUGGCUUGUCGAUAACAUCACCGGUACGGCGAACGGUAAUUCUAUCGAGUACCGAGUGAAUCGCAAGAAUCUUCAGCUAAGAAUUGGUCCGAACGAAAAUAAAAAAUAUUUGAGUCUAUCCGCAUACGCUGCCAAUCGCAUGGGACGAAGUCUACAGACUUAUCUCGGAAGCGAUAACGCGAUUUUAUUGAGCCAUCCGUGGUGGUGGCACGGUGAGUCUUCCAACGAGAGCAGCACGAAAGGUCCUGUGGGCACGUCGUCGACCGAAUGGUGGAUAAUGUUGAGCGGCAGCGACGACCGGCAAAGCAAAUCGGUCAACGGUGGUAGUGGCGGCGGCAGCGGCAAUGGUGCCACGGCGAGCAUAGUAAUCGCGUUGACGGUGAUGAUCGUAACGAUCGUCGGCGUCACGUUGAUUUUGUUGUGGAAACGACAAGGCGGGAGAUCGGUGUCGUCGACAAGCGCGACGGAAACAGCGAUCGUCACAAAUCUGAUCGCGCCGAACAACCACCAUCGCACGGCAUGCGACGAUAAGACCGGCAAAAAGUAUUCACUGCUAUCGCAACAGCAGCAGCAGCAGCAACAGGUGCAGCAGCGAGGCAACAACAUAUAUCCAAAUCUGAACGCGUCGAAUGGCGACGAUUAUGACGACGACGACUACGACUACGGCAACGACCGUACGACCGUUGCGGCGACGGUGGCACCCGAUAUAAUGAUCCAACAGACCUACGGUAAACAGUUUUUGGCGUCGAUCACGAACCGCGGUAUCCCCGGACCGGAGAGCUGCGUGUGAUCGGCCGGGAGAGCCGAUGCAAAACGGAUCUUUUAUUUCAAACAACAUACGUUCAUGAUAAUAUAAUAAUGUGUUAUAAUUUUAUAAGAAUCAUAUAUUCCCCUGUCUGGUGUACCCCGUGCGAUUUCAUAGGUAUUUAAUCGUCGAGCGUAACAUUUUGUGAACUCGAACCCAAUCACAUCAUAAACGAUUGUAGUCUAUGUACGUUUUAACAUCGAUUUAAAAAUUCCGUACAGGUACGCCGUCCUAUUGUUAAAAUUAGUGCUCCUACGUGGACGCGGUCACUAGGUGCCGCUACGAUCGUUUAAAUAAUGGAAAACCUGGUUUUAUCGAAUUGAAAGCAAAUUAUUACACUAAAGUCGACGACUGCGUCCAUGUAUAAGCCACUAAUUUUUACAAUAGUAUGGCAUAGCUGCAUAUACCAAAGCCAAUGGUUUUAAUUAAUAUUUUAUGGUUUUUUUUUUUUUUUUUUCAAUACUAUCGCAAAUUUCUCCUUUUUCGUCCCUAGAAUGUAUUCAUUAAUACUAUUAAGAAUGAUCAAGAUCAUAGUCGAUAAAAAUCCCGUAGUUUUGCCAUUUCGAAGAGAUAGACCGAUGUAAUAUUAUAUGCCUACGUAUAUAUUAUUAUCAUGAUAUACUAUAAAUGUUCGAUCCAUCGCCACAUUGCGUUCGACUUGUCUAAUUAAAUGUUGUUAUUUCUAUUAUUUUUUAAUUGUUGUUGUAAAGACGUUAUCUAUUAGGGUCAUAUAUAUACAUUUAUACGUGUGUUUGUGUGUGUGCGCGUGUGUAUAUGUAAAAAUAUUUCAGAUAUCGUGUAUAACAAAUAUAUAUUAUAAAUAUAUCUAUAUAUUAUAUUUAUACUUCUAUAAUAUCUUUUGAGUGAUGAAUGUUCCAUCAAUACUCCUGUUCUAUCAUAAUUUUGUAAUAUCAAUAUUAGGUCAAAUUAUGCGAUAACGGUUUUCAUUUUCAAUUAGAUUUAACAUAUCAAGUAAAAU